GCUCACUGAAGGGGAGAUUAGACUGCGGUAAUCUGGACUCAGGAAAAACAGCGGCCAUGACUCCCGUCCAAAGUUGCCUCUCGUGGGCAUCCCACCUCCCUAGAACAUAAAAUAAAGUAUAUUUUAUAGUAUUUUGACCAUAUUGAGGACAACUAAGUGCAACUUGGACAAUGUAUGGGAAUUUGAUUUCUCAUCAACGCAGCUGAAGUUUGGAUGUGUUAGCGGGGACUAAGCUGUCGGGAGCGUGCACAGGCUGGACCGGGAAAGAUGGAGAUCCGGCCAGACAGGUUUAAGGCCGCCGCGGCUAAAACCCUUGGCAAAAUCUAUGGCGCUCUGGAGAAGAAGCAGGAGAAUGGCGAGACCAUCGAGCUGUCGGCCGAGGGUCGUCCGGAGUUGGUGGAGGAGAAGGAGUUGCCGGCGGUGGACUGCACGUGUUUCGGGCUACCGCGCCGCUACAUUAUCGCCAUCCUGUCAGGCAUUGGUUUCUGCAUCUCCUUCGGUAUCCGCUGCAAUCUGGGCGUGGCCAUUGUCAGCAUGGUGAACAGCCACACUAUCUACAGGGACAACAAGGAAGUCGUGGUGAAAGCUCAGUUCGACUGGGACCCAGAGACAGUGGGAAUGAUCCACGGCUCCUUCUUCUGGGGUUACAUCGUCACGCAAAUUCCCGGCGGCUUCAUCUGCCAAAAAUUUGCCGCUAACAGAGUUUUCGGGUUUGCCAUCGUUGCCACUUCCUUCCUCAACAUGCUCAUCCCGUCGGCGGCCCGCAUGCACUUUGGCUGCGUCAUCCUCGUCAGGGUGUUUCAAGGCCUGGUGGAGGGGGUGUCGUACCCGGCCUGUCACGGCAUUUGGGCCAAAUGGGCACCGCCCCUGGAGAGAAGCCGCCUGGCUACGACAGCUUUCUGCGGUUCUUAUGCGGGUGCUGUCAUCGCUAUGCCAUUGGCUGGGAUUCUGGUCCAGUACUCAGGAUGGUCCUCAGUCUUUUAUGUCUACGGAAGUUUCGGCAUCAUGUGGUACUGCUUCUGGAUCAUGGUGUCGUACGAAAGCCCCGCCGCCCAUCCCACUAUCACGGAAGAGGAGCGCAAAUACAUCGAGGAAAGCAUCGGCGAGUCGGCUCAACAUUCCGUGACGAAAUUCAACACGCCGUGGAGGGCCUUCUUCACCUCCAUGCCGGUCUACGCCAUCAUCGUGGCCAACUUCUGUAGGAGCUGGACCUUCUACCUGCUCCUCAUCAGUCAGCCCGCCUACUUUGAGGAGGUCUUCGGAUUCGAGAUCAGCAAGGUGGGAAUCGUGUCUGCGCUUCCCCACCUGGUGAUGACCAUUAUUGUGCCAAUCGGAGGCCAGAUUGCCGACCACCUGCGCUCCAAUCACAUCAUGACCACCACUAACGUCAGGAAACUCAUGAACUGCGGAGGUUUUGGCAUGGAGGCCACUUUGCUGCUGGUGGUGGGCUUCUCCCACACCAAGGGUGUGGCCAUCUCCUUCUUGGUUCUCGCGGUGGGAUUUUCAGGCUUUGCCAUUUCAGGUUUCAAUGUCAACCACUUGGACAUUGCGCCACGCUACGCCAGUAUCCUCAUGGGCAUCUCCAAUGGGGUGGGCACGCUUUCCGGCAUGGUGUGUCCGCUAAUAGUCGGCGCCAUGACAAAACAUAAGACACGUGAAGAGUGGCAAGGCGUGUUUCUCAUCGCCUCUAUCGUCCAUUAUGGUGGCGUCAUAUUUUACGGCCUCUUCGCCUCCGGGGAGAAGCAAGCCUGGGCCGAGCCGGAGCAGCUAAGCGACGAGAAGUGUGGCAUCCUAGACGAGGACGAGCUGGCUAACGAGACCGAAGAGCUGUACCGAAAUGCAGGCGGGGGCGGCGGCGGCUACGGGGCCACCGCCCAGGACCCCAACGGGGGCGGUGGCUGGGUGUCGGACUGGGACAAAACGGAGGAGUACGUUCAGCCGGCAGGAAACGACGGCCAACAGAUGACCUAAAACGGCCUGGAGCGCCGGGAACGUUUACAACGACUGGAGCGGCUCCGCUCAUGGGCGGAACGAACUUUUCUAGAGUCCGCCUGCUUGAGCGAAAACCGCACAGUGGACAUUAGUCAAUCUACGUGUUUGUGUGUGAUCGCGUUUCGUCCUAGACUCGAUUUGGUUAAUCUUAGACGAACAUUUUUACGCCUCCAGUCAUAGUAUUUCGACAAAAGACUUGAGGAUGAAUGUUGUUUUCGUGCACAAUUUCAAGACAUCUUGUGCCAAUUUACGAGCGACACGGACCACCUCGCCACUGGCUGCUAUUGACGUCGGUAGACGUCCAAUCCAGUU